CUCGAAAAGCGCAACUUUUCACGAGCAAGCAGCAGCAAAAUCGACUUUUUCCUUUUCCGCCUUCCUCUCAAGCUCAAUUAAAAUUUAAUUAAUUUUUUAACCAUACCCAGUUAAAAGUAAUAAUUAGUUGGUUCCACUACACCACAAUGUGGCCUCCAUGGGCGAAAUGUCUCGUCUGUUGGGAAGAAGAGCAUGAAAAUCAUGUUGAAUAUUACGGAAAACGGGAACUUAUCGUGCUUCCGUGUUUCCACGUCGUUUGCUCGCUUGACUGUUUUGAUUCCGUAUUUAGCGAAAAUGGAGAAACGCAGUCAUGCCCCAUUUGUUCUCGAGUCAUUCCGAUCAACAAGGAGACGAAGUCCAUCCUGGUCAAACCUAUCGACUUCAUGGUGGGGGAGGAAGUAGCGCCAAUUAGGCGACCAGGGGUCAGAAUUUGUAAUUUGUGCAUUAGAGAAGGCGAAGCGGUCGCAUCCUGUCCGGAGUGUGACAGAUUAUUGUGUGAAGACUGUUUCGAGCAUCACCCCUUUUCCGUCCAAACCAGCCACCACAACGCGAAGGAAUUUCCUCCUGGAAAAAAUUCGCCACGACGACGAACUCAAACAGAACACAAGUGCCCUUUGCAUCCCUCAAAUUGUUACGCCGCGUUCUGCGUGACCUGUGACAUUCCCGUGUGCCACGAGUGCCGCGGUGAGCACCUUAGUUGCCACGUAUGCUCAUUAAAGGACGCUUUGGCAAUCAUGGCGAAAAAUGUGGAGGGAAUUGGCGAGGAAAUUGAUAAAGAGCUCGUGAACCUGCAGCAACGUCAAUCCGAAGCCCAAACUAAAAUCACUCAUUUGCUCAAAGCUGAAAGGGAUCAUUUAACGAAAGAAGUUCAAUGCAUGAUGACCGUAAUAUUAUCAAAAUUGUUCGCGCGAGAGCACCAGCUUCGCUCAGACAUUCGCGUCAUUACUGAAGAGUCGUCGCGCGUCCUACGUCUCAAAGAGGUGGAGUGCAGUCGAAAUAGUCAGAGCGGGUUUCAGUACGCUCGACUCAUCAGGUCCCUGUUGGAGAGGGCGAGUGAGGCAGAAGUCGACGGUUCCCUUGGGGUGGAUGAGGGCUGGUUGGUCGCCUACAGAUUCGCCAAAAAAUGUCACUCUGACCAAUUAAAAGUCUUAUCGAAAUUUAAUCGUGCCUAUUUCGAAAUGGAGAAUCAUCUCAAAGUGGACAAAGCUGCAUACAUAACGAUGGAAAAUGAAACAAAAAAACUCUGUAAAAUAACUUACUCCCACGCCCCCAACGUGAAGCGACCCGGCGUUCCACCGUACGCUCACCUCCUCCAAAAAAUGGGUGUAAGUGAACGGAAGAAAAUAAUACAGUGUAUGGAAACCCAGUUCGAAAUCUCGCCCACUCCUCCUGCUCCGCUUCCCCCAGUCCCGAAAAUUAGAAGACUCGCUCCCGGAAUGGCACGUCCCGCACCGCCACUACGCCACCAAGUUCCUAGCACGUCUGUCGCCGCCGCUGCUGCCUCAUACCGUCCACAACAAUAUCGCCAUACUAACGGGGUCAUCUCAAACCAACCCCCACCACCCCUUCUUCAAGCGAGUACUGGGAUGAAACUAAAACCAAAAGUGCGACCUCAAAUGGCGACACGAUUCACCUCCACGAGAACACCAUCUCCACCCACGCUCCGACCACAAGGAAUCAUUCGAACCUAUCCGGCUCGCCCAGGUCCUCCCGGACUUCGCCUUCUUGUCCCAAGACCACCAAGACCUCAGUUGAAUCACACCCCCAGAUUUCCCUCUCCACCACAACCACCACAAAUACAGCGAAUCCUUCCACUACCACAAUACCCACAGAAAGGAGUAAUUCCACCACUACCGCACACCCCACCAAAACAAAGGCCCGUCCUUCCCCCUCCCUUAAAGAAAGAGAUGGUCACCCCUCCACGCCCCGUGAGCACGAGGAAACCGCGAAACUGCGCCGUCAAACGGACCGGGGGUGGAUUAUGUCCAAAACCAAAUGUCGAACCGCUCGGAGCCUUUGAAGGCAGCCAGUUAGAAAUCGAACAAGUCAUCAUGGACGAUGAAGACGAUGACGACCCACUUUCCGUCAAUGAUGAAAUGAUGCAGAGAAGCAUGGAAAUAGAGGAUAACGAUGAAGACGGGGAAGAAACGCAUGAUUUAGUCGUGGAUACCAUCGAGGGAAGGAGACAAUUGAAAGAAUUACUUGAUUCCGCGAAUGGGCGGGCUAAUCACAAGGUUUCCGAAAUGGGACCCUUCGAUGAAGACGAAGUAGAACAAGAUAUCGAAUUCGAUACGGGCGGAGGGCAAGAUCCCCUCGAAGGCGCGUCAUCCUCCGUGGCACGCUCGCCAACCCCUCAACCACCACCACGAGUAGCACCGCUUGGUCGACAAGGGCCCAUAAUUCCGAUCCCGUUCCCGCUAAAGAGAGAAUUCCCAUCGCCACCGCAUAUACGUCAGCAACAAGCCGCCGCCACGACGACACUGUCGCCACGGUCGGAGGCAUCCUCCCCGCCACCACCACCACUCCCACCGACCGAGUUGGAGCACACUUUAGGCGAGUUGGCGAAAGAGUAUCAGAACGAGGAGGGUGUCGACGAGGAAGAGAAUGGCGACGAGAUGGAGGUCGACGAGAGCGAAUUGCCGUGGAGAUCACCACCCGUCCCCGUUAACUCAACAACGACGACACCAUCACCUCUAAAGAAGGCAAAACAAACCAGGAAGGAACAACUAGUCGUGAAUGAGUUUCUCGCCGACGAUGUAAUUUCCUUUGAGAAUGAUCUCAUUCAAGAUAAGCUUGCUAGUCGCGCUGCUCAAAAGAAGAAACGGAACAGGAAAACACUUCCGGUUACGUCGCCCGCAUCAUCGUCAGACACAACACCUCGUCCACCCGGAAAGCGAGAAAUAAAACGUAAAACGUUCGAUCCUAACAUGUUCACCACGCCGGAGGCGGUGAAACGUAUCCGUAGCAAAGUUUCCAGCGGGGAAGAAAAGAAACAACAACUAAAACCGAGAAAAAAGCGAGAGCGAAAAAAGUCACCGAUUAAAAAGCCACAGAAAACGUCUCUCGAUCCCCUCAAAACCACCGAGGAUUCAGACCACGACGACUACUGCGGAAUUUGUCGCGAUGGUGGCGACAAUUUACUGUGCUGUGACCUAUGUCCCAAAAUUUUUCAUCCCAUCUGUCACAUUCCGUCUCUGUCUGGCAUUCCUGAUGGAGAUUUUCACUGCAACUUUUGCAAAGGACGUGUAGAGGCCUGUGACCCCUCGAAACAACCGGAGAAACAUAUUCGCAACGCGGAAGCCGGUGGGAUUCAUGCUGACGAGAAAGAAUUCUAUAAAGCGUGCAAAUUCCUCUCAGAUAUUUUCGUUUGGGAGAAUGUCUUCGAUUUUCGACUAAUCGUCGAUGGCGUUAAAGCGGAACCGCAAGACGAACAAUCGCCCUUGUUCCUUGUUCGAAAACGGCUGGCAAACAAUGAGCCUGAAAAAUUUGAAACUGCUGAAGAAAUGUUGAAAGAGUUGGAGCGAAUUUUCAUAUCUUACGAGGAUGUUUUAAUGGCUCGCCGGUCAAAUUCGGAAACUUUUCUUCGCCUUAGGAACUUUGAUGGAAAAUUCAACGAACUUCUGGCCGAGUACUACCCAGAUUUUCAGAGGAAAUCGGUACCACCACCGCCACCAUCAAUCCCUCAAUAAUCACAAAUAUGCUUUCAAAAUAAUCAGUUUAAAAAUCAGAUACAAAAAAAGUUACAUAAUUUUCUACCUACAAUAUACAUAAAUUCUUUAAAUAUUUCGAGGUUUCACGACCCCAUUGAACGUAAUUUGCGUAACUGUCGUAAAAAUAUUUAGCCUCUUGUCACUUUCUUACUAGUAGAAAUUAAAAAUCUGUAAAGUUUCCUGCAAAAUUUUAGCUUGUAAAUUGGUAGGUUUUGUCGGAUAAUGUUAUUUUUCCAAGGUUAAUGCACAAUUUGUAAUUGGUCGAGUUCGUAAAUUUUUUGUGACAUUACGCUGCUUGCGACCAAAUGGUCGUCGUUGAAAUCAUCACUUGUUUGACUUGAUGAUUAAAAAUAUUAUUUUUAAAUACACAUUUUUGUACUAAAAUAAACUUUUGGUUUUUGACGAGAAUAAAAUAUUGAGCAUGUUGCUGUCAUUUUCGGUUGCACAAAA